CCGAGGCGCCCCUGUCGGUCAGUGUGCCGCCGAAGCCGCUGCGGAGCGCAGCGCAGCUCGGUGACCGGCACUAGCACGGGUCGGUGACCGGCGGCCAGCCGCUCUCGGACAUCGCUGGCCGCAGAUCGGCGGCCUACAUGUGCCGCGGUGCCGGCGGCGAGGUUCCGCCCAGCGUUGCGCCUCGCUUGCUGCCAUGGGCGCCUCGCACGCAAAGGAACGGCUCGAGGCGGCGGCCGACGAGCCGGCCGGCAAGCGGACCCCGCAGAAGGUGACCGGGUCGCGCCAAGGCUCGCUCAAGGCACGCCUGUGUAGGGCCGGGGCGCCGCCGACGCCGACCGAACCGCCGCGGCUAACCGCUGAGGACAAGCAGUACCUGCGCGAGACAUGGAGCACGCUGGAGGCGGACCCCACCACCGUUGGGAUCAUCACGUUCUCACAGGUGAUGGGCUUCGUCAACAAGGUCAUCUCGCGCCUGGACUCGGAGGACAAGUACGGCUGCCUGAUGACGGAGCUCGGAUGCCGCCAUCUCAGCUACGGUGCGAAGCCAGAGUACAUUGACAUGAUGGGACAGCAGUUCAUCAUGGUGAUUCGUCCCAGCCUCGUGGAGGCCAACCAGUGGGGCGACGGUGCGGAGCAGGCGUGGCUUAAACUUUUCCAGGUGAUCAGCUACAGCAUGAAGCUGGGCUUGCGCGACAGCCAGACAGCUAUGCAAGAAUCAUCACCGCGGCGCAGCAUGAAGCUGCCGUCUCUCCGUCGCAAGUCCACUCCGCACGCGCAAGAGGUCACGACCCACACCAUCGAGUACUGACCCCUGGCCGGCGGCCGCCUUAAUCCUUAAUCCCUGCCUGCAAACAGGCGCGGGCGCAGACUCUUGCGCCCGCAGGCGGUCGUUGACCUUUGACCCGCGGCUCGAGGGGGGGGGGGGGGACGGCUUCGAGCGCGGUGACUGAGUUGUGGUGAUUCGGGUCGUGUUGGGCCCGCUCCAACCGCCACGGCAGGGAGGCGACUGGAUAGGCGAGGUCGGAAGGAUCGUCGUGAAUUACCAUCAAAACGUGGUGGCUUCCUGUGGAUCAGUGUUUUCGUAGCUGGGACUUGUGCCGCAAAUUGCGCAUCCGUUCGCACGGUGCGUAUUUGAGGACCAUGCCCUCCGUUCGUGUUUUCCUGUGUUCGCACGUACAUCGCCUGAUAUAAUGGUAAAACCCGACUCGGCGUGUUCCCGCUCUCUUUCGAGCCUUUCCACCAUGUCCUCAACGAAGGACGCUCACCGUCCCACGCUAUGCGCUAUGCGGCAAAGUAAACGCUGGUUAGUGUAACGCCACUGGACACGCAGUCAUGUAUGCCACAAUGCCCUCACGAAUGACGCUGGCGCAUCUGCGUGGCUUUUCAAGCGGCUAGAGGCUAGUGGUGGGCUGAAUGGCCGACCUCUUUAGGUUUUGGUGGUCAACAGCGGUGUCAACUGUGCGUAUGCGGGGUCUAGAGCCCUGCUCGUCUCACCGUCCGUGGCUAGGGCAAGGAUGCGGUUUUGUUCGUGGCUUCGCACAGCCUUCAGAGCAUAGAGCUGGGCGAUUGGUUGACUUUGUGUGGCGCCUGGAAGGUGAUAAGGACGCGCGUAGAGAUGAACGAAUAAAAAGACGUCAGCUCGUGGUCCGCGAGCUGGAACCCUUUCCGAGGGUGCAGUUAGUAUUCCGUGCACAAAUUAUCCUCGGAAAGUCACCAAACGUGGUCAUUCGAUAGCCCACACAGGGGAAUGACGUCAUUAAAUGGGCAUUUGUGCGUUCACUCCUUAGCCUGUUCGGGUACGGCUUAACUAAAUGAUGUGAUUGUGUGCGUACGGGUGGUUUGUUCAUGGCGUGUAAUGUCUGGUGUCAUCGCCGUACCAAGACACAUGCGUGUGAUGGUGUGUAAAAUUGAAAAUACUAGAUGUGUUCACGCACGGGACAAGGCCUGAACCGCAGAUUUAGGUGGCAACCAGUUACCCCUCUACCAAAAUCUUAGCGUGACCAACUACGAUUCUGCUUCCAGAAGAGGCUGAAAGGGCGUGCUAUCACGAACGGGCGAACAGUGCGACGCUUCUUGUCACUUAGCUCCGUGCCAUUCAAACUGUCGAUAAUUACCCGCACUCACGCUCGGCGUAAUUCGACUGUACUCCGGUAUAUUUCUGCCGAUAUUUUCGAGGCUUUUGUCUUGCGUCGUGCUGUGGCACAGACGUCACAAAUGUAGUCAUUCGCACGGGCAUAGCUGCGUUUAAUGCUGCAUUGCCAGAGAGGCUGCUGGGCUGAAUGUGCCAUCAAUAUCGCACAUUUACG